AUGGACCCAAAAUUCUGUUGGCGAACCUUGAAGAAGAGACGAAGGGUUGAUGUGAAUAGGGAUCUGAUAAGUGAGUUGCCUGAUGCUUUGCUGAUUCAGAGAUUGUCUUUGGUUCCGACAAUAGAUGCAGUAGGAACUUGUGUUUUGUCGAAAAGAUGGAGUUCUCUUUGGCAAUAUCUGCCUAAGAUUGACUAUCACUACCAGAAUGGUAGAACUUCCUUGAUAUUGUCACCGCAAUUUGUUCAUAGGUUCUUGUUACUGAAUAAGUCACUUCUUCUAGAGAGUAUGCGACUUACAGUUGAGUCGGAUUGUGAGGCUGUUGAUAUCGGAAUUUGGAUUGGGUAUGCGGUUGAACGUGGUUUGCGUGAGCUUGAACUCGAUCCUAACUCAGAGAAUGGAUAUAUCCGACUGCCAAGUAACAUCUAUGCUUAUGUGCCUGAUUCCCCUGUUUGUUUCAAGUCCCUCAAGAUCCUAAACCUUCACCUUGUUUACUACGAGGACGAUGAUUCAGUGCGUAGGCUUUUCUCGAGUUGUCCUAAUCUUGAAGAAUUGGACGUGAAACGAUAUAUUGACAAUGUGAUAAAGUUCGUUAUCGAAUCAUCAUCUUUAAAGAGAUUAUCAAUACGUGAUUGUAGUGAUGGAGAUGGCCAAAGAGGGUAUGUGAUCAAUGCUCCUUCUUUGAACUACUUGCCCAUUAAAGGACCUAAAGAUUUUGACUUUUCUCUUGAAAAUACUCCGAAGCUAGUGGAGGCAAAGAUUACAAAUAUCUCUAAUAUAAAAACUGAGAAGAUUCUCCUACCUCUUGCCUCGUCAGUAAUCAAUAUUCGUUUGCUUGUAGCGCAGACUAGGUACGCUGCCAGUAUUAUCUUCCACCAGCUCGUAUAUUUGGAGCUAGGUACUAGAGAAACCGAGUGGUGGAAUUUACUUAUGAAUUUGCUACUGAACUCUCCUCAGUUACAAGUUCUCAAGCUAAGCGAUGGAGACGGGAAAGACAGUGAAGCGCGCGAGAUUAACCCACCAUUUAGAAAAACGAUUUCUGUUCCUCCUUGUUUGUUAUCACAUCUAAAAACAUUUGAGUGGGAAGGAUACAAUGGACAACGUGAAGAAGAGAUACAAGUUGCAACUUACAUACUAACAAAUGCCAAACAUUUGAAGAAGGCAAAUUUCUCGACAGACUACAGAUACUUUACUGCGGAUGAGAAACUUGAGAUGUUACAGGAGUUAGCUCGUGAGCCUAAGGCUUCAACUUCCUGUUAUUUUUUCUUCGAGUGA